CACCAACACUUCGAAGAGACAACAACACAUCCAUUUGGCUGGCUUCAAAGCGAUUAGCUAAAAGCCAUGGCGUUCGUUGUCAAAGCACUCUUCUUGUCAGCAUUAGUGUACAGCACCCAGGCUGGACUAUUGCACGACCAUCACGACUCUUUCUUAUCAUCGGCUGCAGCAGCUCCUUCAGCAUCCUUCGGACCACCCUCAAAUACUUAUGGACCACCCAGCAGUGGUAUCACUGAAGCUCAUAUCGGAGGCCAUUCUGCAGCUGUUGUAGAAGAAAGCGUGGUUGAAGAACAUGCCCCAGCUCAUUUCCACGAACAUGGCCAAAUACUUGACACUGGUUUUGCUGCCGAAUCCUUCCAUGGCUCCGGAGCUGCCGCCAUUGCAAGUGGACCUGGGCCUAUCGCUAGUGGACCUGGACCUAUUGCCAGUGGACCUGGGGUCAACGUUGGCGACGCUGGUGUCGGGUUCGGUGCCAGUGGUGGAGCAGGUCUUCUCGCCGCCGGGGCCGGUGGUAUCGGCGGAGCUGCCAUUGGAGGAGGCAUUGCAUCCGUUUCAGUCGGCGCUCCCAGAGUUAUUGGAACUAGUGUGACAGUUGGUCAGCCUGACGCCGGCUCUGCAAGACUCGAACUUCAAUCCGUCGUACAAAACGUCGUCCGCCGAAUCCCCAUUGAAAUAACCCGUCACAUUAAGGUCGCUGUGCCCCACGCCGUGCCUGUCCCCGUCCCACAUGAAAUCAAAGUGCCAGUACCCCAACCUUACCCUGUCCACGUGGACGUUGUCAAGCACGUUCCCUACCCAGUCUACAAGACGGAGCACGUCGAGGUGGAGAGGCCAGUCCCAGUUGAAGUAGUUAAACAGGUGCCAGUCGAGGUCAUCAGGGAGGUCCCGGUUCCAGUUGAGAGACCUUACGAGGUCAUCAAGAAGGUGCACGUGCCAAUUGAGAAGCACGUGGAAGUGCCCGUCCCGGUGUGGAAGCCAUACCCCCUGCACAUCAUCAAACACGUCACCCACUACAAGAAGAAGAGCUGCUGCUGGUAAUCAUAACAUCAGCGCCACAAAGCCGUGAUAGUGCCAAAUAGUCAAUACAUGUGUAAAUAUUCAUAGUCAUUAGCUGUAUAUAUACUUAGGUACCUACUUACAAAAUAAAACGUAUCGUUUUACAAUCUUCAUAA